AAUCCUCCCAUCUCUAAAACAAAUAGAAUUCGUGGAAGACGCGUUUAUUUAGUAGCAGAGAGUUAAUAAAUAUAAAAUUUUGUUGCCUGAAAGUAUCUAUGUUCCACUUACCAUUGUAAGAGAAACUCAUAAAAAAUGCAGUGUCGCGGUUGCAUGCAGACGAAAUGCAGUAUCUUGCUUGAUAUGAGCGUUCCUUGCGCAAAUGAGGACAAACCUCUCAUCGACUACUUUAAUGAAUGCACACAGCUACAUGCCUCAAUUAAUGAUAACUUUCCCAAAACUCUUUGUAAAAUUUGUGCGCAAAAACUCUUAAUAGCCUAUAACUUUAAAAAAUGCGCUCGCGAAUCAGACGCUAAUUUUAAGAAGCUAUUAGCGUCGCCAAAGAAAGAGACUUGUUCGGUUUUUAUUAAGACAGAAGAGGAGGUAGCAGAUAAGCCUAUAGAUAUGGAGUUUGUAUGCUGCAACAACAGCAUCGAUAUUGAAUUAAAUGAGGACGGAAAUAGUGUCAAACACUCAGACUUGGAUGUAUCUAUGGAAGAUAUUUCCCCAGGGGAAUCUUUGAACACAUGUUUUGAGGGAGCUCAGGAUGAAAACAUAAUCGAAAAAUCAAUAGAGAGUUUUGAUGUCCCCGAGUUACCCGUAUUAAAUGAAGAUGACGUAUUGCAAACAACAAUGGUUACAAAAACAGAAAGCAAAAAUUCCCUAGAUUGCAUGGAGAAUCCUGAUAGUUGUAUUGUACCUAUACGGAAAUUGGUAUACGACUGCGAAAUAUGUAAUUGCAAUUGCGCAACGAAAGCCGAGCUAAUAAAGCAUACAUCUGAAGAGCACAAUUCGGAAAUAUUAUGCGUGAAUUGUUCAAAGGCCUUCGAUAUGCCCAAUGAGUUGAGGAAGCAUAAAAAACUUAUUCAUGAGACCGAUUCACCAGUGCAUUGCGAUUACUGCAAAGAAACUACUUUAAUACCUCGAAGUCACCUUCUUCAGCAUUUUGAAAAGAGACACAAACCUCAGUAUCUUAAGUAUUUUCCACGUAUGUUUAAAGGGUACAAAUGUAAAUAUUGUACAAAAGUCGUCACAUGCGCAGUGGAAUUGGAAGACCAUGUGAGAACACACGUACUCUUUAAGUGCCAGUUUUGCCCGAAGUAUUAUACAACAGCGCGAACUUACUCUGGUCAUGCCAUGCGAAUACACAACCGUUCAGUAAAUUGCCUUCCAUCUACACCAAUUGUUAUCGAAGAAGUUGGAUAUGAGAAAGAUAAACGGAUUGAAUGCAAAAUUUGCCACAGAAGCUAUGGAAAUCGUAGCGCAUAUAAAAGACAUAUCAAACAACAACAUAACACUGUUAAACACGGUGGCAAAAAUCUAAGUAAAGAUAUUCAACCGAUGGAAUAUUUAGUAGGUUACGUUAAAUCUAAAUCUACAACACAUAGAAAGGAAAUUAAUCAAGAUGGAUUAAGCCAAAAGAAAACUGACCGGGAUGGUCAAGAACCGGCUAUGCCUAACCUCGACGAAAUUAGAGAAAAUCAUAAAUCGAAAGAAAAAAAGAUGUACUUAUGUUCAUAUUGCCCCCGUAUUUUAACGUCUACACACGCUUUGGAAAUACAUGAGGGAAAACAGCAUUUGAAUAAAGAAAUUAAACUUAAGGAAUGUCCAGUAUGCAAGAAAAAAUUCAGCACAAAGUAUUUAAGUACACAUAUGGACAUCGUACAUGUGGGAAAGCGUAAAUACACUUGUGAUACUUGUGGUGGCUCGUAUAAAUGCCGUGAUACUAUUAACCGACACAAGCGAUUGCAUGCGAAGGAAUGCCACUUCCCAUGUAAUGUAUGUGAUAAGAACUUUAUUGAUAAAACAGAACUCAAAGUACAUAUGCGAGUUCAUACGGGCGAAAGGCCAUUCAGCUGUCAUUUGUGUGACCGCCGAUUUAGAAUUAGAGUUCAUCUCUCCUAUCAUUUACAACGUCAUGAUAACGUCAAGCAGACAUGUAAGGUAUGUGGCAAAGAGUUCAUAAAUAGCGAGUCUUUACGAAUCCAUUCGUUCCGACAUAAAGGUAUAAUGCCAUAUAUGUGCCUUAUAUGCGAUUACGGCAGCGCAAAACGUAAUUAUUUUGUAACACAUAUGCUUCAUAAACACGGUAUAACUAUGACGGAUGAUGAGUUAUUUGCAAUGUUCAAAGCGAAUACAGGCCGAUCUCCACGCGUAAAAUUAGCGAAAGAAUUAGAAAUCAUGGAAAAGGACUCAAUAAAUUUAAAAAUGCAGUGUCGGGCUUGUAUGAAAACUGAAUGUCGUAUUCUACUUGAUAUGAGUGUUGUGUGCACAGAAGAUGGCAAAUCUCUUUUUGACUAUUUUACUGAUUGUACUCAACUGCAGGCAUCGGAUAAAGAUAAUUUUCCCAAAACAAUUUGUAAAACGUGUGCGCAAAAACUCCAAAUUGCCUAUAACUUUAAAAAAUGCGCUCUACAGUCGCAUUUAGAGUUUAAAAAGCUUUUAUCAUCACAGAGAUUGGAGGCAGAGUCGAUUCAUAUUUCUACUAAUGAAUUUUAUCCCUUUACAGAGCCUGAGGAGAAUAUAAACGAUCCUCUAGAUAUGAAGUUUAAAGAUGCUUUAAAGGCUUUAGCGAAACCGGACUUUGACUAUCCUGAUGAGGAAGAAAUCGAAAGGAAACGAAAGCUAAACGCUUUUGUAAAAACUAAUAUGAUUUUGAAUGAAAAUGAUUUAUUGGUUGAAAAUAUGGUUGAUGAAAAUUUGCAAGCCCGAGAGGCAGAAGAAAGUGAAAAAGAGGGUCCGACAGAAUUUGUUGUGGAAAAUCCAAGAACAAUUCCGCCAAUGCAAAUAAAAAUUGAAAGUGUGGGAUAUUUCUGUGAGAUUUGCCAAUGUAAAUAUGAUAUUGAAAACGAAUUAAUGAAACAUAUAUCCGAAAAACAUCAAUCUGAAGUUAUGUGCGUGGAUUGCUCGAAGACCUUUGAUAUGCCUCACGAAUUGAGAACACACAAAAAGCUGGUGCAUAACACCGACUCACCAGUGAUUUGCGAUUACUGCAAAGAAACUACGUUAAUACAUAGAGAUGCACUAGUUGAACAUUUGCUAAGCAAACACAAAAGUCAAUACUAUAAGUACUUUCCACCUACUUGCUAUAAAUGCCGAUAUUGUAGAAGCAACUAUUCUUCUACUUCUGAAUUAGAAGACCAUGUCCAAAACAUGCACGUUAUAUUAGUAUGCUCAAUCUGUAAAAAAAGCUAUGGAAAUUCUUCAUCGUUUAGAAAACAUCUUAAUUGUAAGCAUAACAUAACCGUUACAGAAGCAAAGCAAGAAAUAAAAAAGCAAAGAAACGAGUACAAGAAAAGUGGAGUCAUAAUGCCCAGGAUAAGUAAAAAGAAGUACCCCAAGGGUGAAUCACAUGAAAUGGAUUCUGAGAAAAACCAAGAUACAGCAAAUAAUCAAGAGGAACAAGAAUCUCCUGAAAAAAUAAAAUGUUCGAAUAUAAAAGAAAAGGCGAGAUAUUUAUGUGCAUUUUGUCCUCGAGUAUUUUGCUCUAGAUCUAGUACGGAAGCACACGAAAGAAAAACUCAUUUAAACAUAAAACCGGAUAUGAAGGAAUGCACGUUUUGUCAAAAAAAAUUCUAUGUGGGCUAUAUAAAGAGACAUAUUGAUACUGUACACAUUGCGGAGCGUAAAUUUCAUUGUGAUAUUUGUGGGGAUUCUUUUAAAACUCGUGGCACUCUUUGCGGCCACAGAAAAUUGCAUUCGAAGGAACGACAAUUCCCCUGUACAGUAUGUAAUAAAAGUUUUGCCUUUAAUUCUGAGCUCAAAGUACAUAUGCGAGGUCACACGGGAGAAAUGCCAUUUACCUGUCAUUUGUGUGAUCAACGAUUUCGAAUUAGAGUUCACCUCACCUACCAUUUGCAAAAGCAUACUAAUAUCAUGAAAAAAUGUGAGAUAUGUGGUAAAGAGUUCAAGAACAGCAAGUCUUUAAGAAACCAUUCAUACCAACAUGGGGGGAGAAUGCCCUAUUCAUGUUUAAUAUGCGAUUACGGUAAUCCAAAGCGUGAAGAUUUUGUAAAACAUAUGGUACACAAACACAGCAUAACUAUGACGGAGCCUGAGUUAUUUGCAAUGUUCAAAGCGAAUACUGGUCGUUCUCCGCGCGUAAAACUAGCUGAAGAAUUAGAAGUGGUAAAUGAACUUUUGCAACCGACAGACGUAAUGGAAUCAAUUGACUGCGAGAAUUUAUAAUCUAAAUAUAUGUAUAAAGAUCCAGUUCGUAAAUCUAAAACAAGAAAGCAUCAGUCUCCUUUAUUUCUAAACCACCCUAGAAAAAGGUAACUUCCGCAAAAUAUCAAAUAAAAUGUUGUGCAUAUUUGGCAUUACAAUUAAAGUACUGCAAAAUUCAA